GGUGUGCGCAUCCCCGGAGUCAUGUCCAGAUCGGGUGACCGAACCUCCACGUUUGACCCGACUCACAGCGACACUCUGCUGCAUGGUCUCAACCUGCUGUGGAGGAAGCAGCUCUUCUGUGAUGUGACUCUGACCGCGCAGGGACAGCAGUUCCAAUGCCAUAAAGCAGUGCUGGCAUCCUGCUCGCAGUAUUUCAGGUCUCUCUUCUCCACACACAUGCUCAGAGAAGAUGGGCUGGCAGCGAAGGACCAAGGAAGCAGCUGCACUCCAUCCUCCUCCCCGGAUGACAAGCUCCUGCCCAGCCCGUGCUCCACCACCAUCAACAACCUUGUGCUGCAAGGCUGUUCCUCCAUCGGUCUGCGCUUGGUGCUGGAGUACCUGUACACUGCCAACGUGACCCUCUCCCUGGACACGGUGGAGGAGGUGCUCUCCGUCAGCAAGAUCCUGAACAUACCCCAGAUCACCAAGCUCAGUGUGCAGUUCCUCAACGACCAGAUCUCGGUGCAGAACUACAAGCAGAUCUGCAAGAUUGCAGCCCUUCAUGGACUGGACGAGACCAAGAAGCUCGCCAACAAGUACCUUUUGGAGGACGUUCUCCUCCUGAACUUUGAGGAGAUGUGCGCCAUGCUGGAUGCCCUGCCUCCUCCCGUGGAGUCAGAGCUGGCUCUCUUUCAGAUGUCGGUGUUGUGGUUGGAGCAUGACCGGGAGACCAGGAUGCAAUACGCUCCAGAUUUGAUGAAGCGCCUGCGGUUCGCCCUUAUCCCAGCCCCGGAGCUGGUGGAGAGGGUGCAGUCAGUGGACUUUAUGAGGAAUGACCCAGUGUGCCAGAAGCUGCUCCUAGAUGCUAUGAACUACCACCUGAUGCCCUUUAGACAGCACUGCAGACAGACCACAGCCAGCAGGAUUCGUUCAAACAAACGGAUGCUCCUGUUGGUCGGGGGCCUCCCUCCGGGGCCCGACCGCCUUCCUAGUAAUCUCGUUCAAUACUACGAUGAUGAAAAGAAGACAUGGAAGAUUCUCACAAUAAUGCCGUAUAACAGCGCCCAUCACUGUGUGGCCGAGGUGGAAAACUUCCUUAUUUUACUGGGUGGAGAAGACCAGUGGAACCCUAAUGGCAAGCACAGCACUAACUUUGUAAGUCGGUAUGAUCCCAGAUUCAAUAGCUGGAUACAGCUACCACCCAUGCAAGAAAGGAGAGCGAGUUUCUUUGCGUGCUGCCUGGAUAAGCACUUGUAUGUUGUUGGGGGAAGGAACGAGACAGGUUAUCUGUCUAGCGUUGAAGCCUACAACCUUGAGACAAACGAAUGGAAUUACGUUUCGUCUCUUCCUAAGCCGUUGGCUGCACACGCAGGGGCCGUGCACAAUGGGAAAAUAUACAUCUCAGGUGGGGUUCACAAUGGAGAAUAUGUGUCUUGGCUUUAUUGCUACGACCCUGUGAUGGACGUAUGGGCUCGGAAACAAGACAUGAACACUAAGAGAGCCAUACACGCCCUCGCUGGCAUGAACGACCGCCUUUACGCUAUUGGCGGAAACCAUUUAAAGGGAUUCUCUCAUCUGGAUGUGAUGCUGGUUGAAUGUUACGACCCCAAAGCGGAUCAGUGGAACAUUCUGCAAAUGCCCAUCUUGGAGGGACGCAGCGGACCUGGAUGUGCUGUUCUUGAUGACAGUAUUUACUUAGUGGGAGGCUACAGUUGGAGCAUGGGGGCGUACAAGUCAUCUACCAUUUGUUACAGUCCCGAGAAAGGCACUUGGACAGAAAUGGAAGGAGAGGUGGCAGAACCUUUAGCUGGGCCGGCCUGUGCUACGGUCAUACUGCAAGCCUGUUUACCAUUUAACAAAUAA